AUGCCUGUUGGAGAGCUCAAUCUUUUCGGAUUGCACCAGUAUGACAACCAGACAUCAUUCUUCUACUCGUCAGGCAAUGGUGCUAUCCUGAGUCAGGGAGUGGGCUACGGUAUCGUGGUGGGGUUUGGAGCGUUCUUUGCGCUCGUCUGUUCGCUGCUCGCAUGGUUCGAUGUGACCUUCAUUGGCAACAGAGACACGUCUGAGCACUUUCAGACGGCCAGUCGGAAUAUCAAGACCGGCCUCAUUGCAGUUGACGUUGUCAGUCACUGGACGUGGAGCAUCACACUUCUCCAGUCCUCCACUGUUGCCUGGAACUAUGGCAUCUCUGGGCCAUUCUGGUACUCGGCCGGGGCUGUGCUGCAGAUAAUGCUGUUUGGCAUCAUGGCCAUCCAGAUCAAGCGCAAGGCUCCCAACUGCCACACCAUACUGGAAGUCGUGAGACUGCGCUGGGGCAAGGCCGCCCACCUGGUGUUCCUGUACCUGUUCUUCAUCAACAACCUGUUCAUCACCAGCACACUCAUCAUUGGAGGCGGCGCAGUCAUCCACGCCCUCACAGGCGUUGCUGUGGAAGCCAGCGCGAUGCUGAUCCCCCUCUCUGUCCUGGCGGUGUUCACAUCGAGCUACCUGCACUCGUCGAUCAUUUUCGUGGGCGUGGUGCUCUUCAGUGUCUAUGUGUACUCCGGCUCGGACGGCGCUCCCAUUUCCAGCAUCGGUGAUGUCUACGACAACCUCGUCGUGCGCAGCGCGGCGGUGCCGCACACAAGCAACAGGGACGGGAGCGCGCUCACGAUGUGGAGCGGCAAUGGCCUUGAGUUUGGCGGCAUCUUCUUCGCUUCCUGCUUCGGCUGGAUCUGGGCCGACCAGGGGUUCUGGCAGUCAGCCAUCGCCGCGCGCCCCUCCGCCGCAUUCAAGGGGUACAUCCUAGGGGGUCUGCUGUGGUUUGCAGUCCCCUACACGCUGGCCACAACGCUCGGCCUGACUGCUCUGGCGUUGGACCUCCCGUUGUCUGCCAAGGAGGUCGCCUCUGGACUGGUGCCCCCGGCAGUGGCCUACCAUCUGUUUGGCAAGGGCGGCGUCAUCCUGAUAGCCAUCAUGGUCUUCAUGGCAGUGACCAGCUCCGGCAGUGCAGAGUUCCUGGCAGUCUCUUCCCUCUUCAGCUACGACGUCUACAAGACGUACAUCCGCCCCAAAGCCUCUGGCAAGCAGCUGCUGCUGGUGUCAAGGCUGGCAGUGCUUGUCUUUGCGCUGUUCUGUGGCGUGUGGUCAAUUGCGCUCAUCAAGAUUGGCAUCGACAUCAACUGGCUUUUCUUUGUCAUCGGCCUGCUCGUGGCGUCUGUCUUCCCCCCAAUCUCCUUCCUCCUCACCUGGAACGCUGUUCCCAAGGGUGCAGCCAUUGCUUCAGCCCUGGGCGGACAGGCGGCUGCAAUCAUUGCCUGGCUCGUGAGCACUCACAUUCUGCAUGGCGAGGUCACCAUCACCACCACAGCCCUCUCAGGCCCCAGCCUGGCUGGAAAUCUGGUGGCCAUCAUUGUGAGCGCGGCGAUCGCGAUAGUGUGGACGCUGAUAGCCCCAGACAGGAACGCCUCCUGGGAACAGCUGCGUGCAGACCUGCAUGACAAGGUCGAAAUCCUGGACAAUGCCAAGGUGAUUGACAGCGAGAAGGAGGAUCCAGCCAAGAUGGCGUACGCAUACAAGAUGACCUGGAUAUGGGCGGGCUGCCUCUCAGUGGUGGUCUUCGUGCUAUGGCCUCUGCUCACACUGCCUGCUGGGGUCUUCUCAAAGUCCUACUUCACCUUCUGGAUCGUCCUCGCCAUGAUCUGGGGCUUCCUGGCAGCGCUGGUAGUCAUCUUCUACCCGCUCAUCGAGUCGCGCGAGAUCUUUUAUGCCAUCUUCGGUUUCGGCCCGCUGGCAGAACGCAGGAGGGCAAACAAGGCUCUGCACAACUCCUCUCCAGCGCACACAAAUGGAGCCGCGCACACAAACGGAGCCACAGAGCUUGGGCAGCUGCAAAAGGACAAGUUCCCCAGCGAUGAGUUCAAACCGCCACAAAAUGGCGAGGCCCCUGAGAUUGACAGCAAGAUCGAUGUCCUCACCGAUGGCAAAGCCGCCGGUUACUGA